AGGAUAAGUUUGAUCUUUUUUUCCAAUCCCAAACUAUGUCCACCUGUCCCCAACUAUGUCCAAAUUUUUACAAAAAAAUUUUCCCCAUUAAAUAAAUUAAAAAUAAAAUUUAGGCCCUUCAAACGGCUAAACAAAGUCAUCGUUGGCUUCUUGUAAAUGUCCAAAAUUCACUUGAAUUUGCAUGUGCAGUUCUUAACCGCGAUAUUUGGUCAGCAGAGACUGUAAAGGAUGUUGUUCGCUCAAAUUUUAUUUUUUGGCAGGUUUAUCUUUUAAAAAUAAUUUUUUUAAAUUUAAUUUUUUAAUUUUGGGUUUAUCACGAUUCUUCUGACGGAGUGCGAGUCAAAUGCUACUAUCAUUUUGAUACUUAUCCAGCUUUGUUUAUUAUUGAUCCACGGACGGGAGAAGAAGUUUUGAAGCUGACAGCGCCUGAUGUUGUGUCUUUUCUCGAGAAUUGUGGUAACUUCCUUUUUGUCACGUUAUCCAACAUUUGAAGCACGCGAUCAAGAAUUUAAACAAAUGGCCUUAUUAGGACCGAAGCAUCCACUUUUAUUGCAUAGAGAAAAGUCAUCAAACUCUUCAAAAUCACCUCAAAUUACGCAUUCUGAUCAAAUUACAGCCUCAUCCUCAGAUUCUUCUUGUGGUGGAAGAAAACGUAAACAAUCAACAGAUGAUUCUGAUUUAUAUUGAUAGUUGGAGAAAAGUGAGGAGAGGGAGGCUUUCUUGUGUGUGUAUAUUUUU